CUUUUUUGCCAAACCCAUAAUGCAAAAUCCACCAUUGCCCCCCCACACCACUGCAGAGUCGAUAUAUCUUUCAAAAAAAUCAGUCUCGAUAAUAAUAUCAUCUAAUCAAUCUAGAAAGAAAGGGUUGUGUUUUGUGGCCUCUGCAUUCGAGGAUUCGUACGACGAUGGAGGAUUGUGCGGAUUCAUCUGCAAGAAAUUCUCCGAUGAUGCAAGAAGAGGCUACUUCCACGUUGAUGGCAACCGCGGCCGAAUCGAAGCCGGGGAAAUGGACAGACGAGAAACACUGCAUGUUUCUCAAGUCUAUGGAGUCUAUGUUCGUCAACCAGCUGUAUAAAUCCAUAGAUACAUUCGGUUGGCACUCUGGUAAACACUGCCUUUCUGGUUCAGACCCAACCGUUCACAUUCCGGCCGGCGACAAUUCCUCCAGCCAGUUUAAGGUUGUAUGUGACGGGCACUCCUCUAAAACGAAGUUUAGAAGAAAGGGACAUGGACUGAACCAGGAAGACGAGUCGAAAGUUCCCUCUGCGAGAAGAAAAUGUUCGAAGCAAAACCCCCGGCAUAGUAUUUUGCCUGUUAGCCAAGACUCUGUCGGCAGCAAUACAGAGGUGACAGAUCAGAACUUCAUCGACGAUGCUCUUGAAGAAGGACAAUCGACAAGGAGCAGAAAGAGAUCGAGAUCACGCACCAUUGUAGCUUCAGGCACCGAUCAAGUUGUCCCCAUCUGCAACAACGUUGGACCAGACAAUGUUGCUGAAGACCAUUUCUGCUAAAGACUCGGAACCACCAUCGUCGCUCCGGCCAUACAAACGCAUCCCUGAGGUCUGCUGAUUCAGAAUGGCCAUGGAUGGAUAAUGUCUGAAGCUGUGAUGAAAGAACAGAGAAAAGAGUGGACUUCUUGACAGAAUGAAUCAUCAUACACUUCAUCGCCAUUACUACAGUUCAAGCUGCAUAUGUUGUCUUAAUAGCUACUCUAGGCAUUAUUAGUCUUUUGCAUUCGAACUCCAGUAAUCUCCAUUGAAAUAGAGGGCCAAUCCUUGCUGGGUUUGUAAGGAUAUUUCAAUUUCUUGUCUGGUUUGAAGUCGCCAUUGACGAAGUAGCUUGUAGGAACUUUACAUAAUUGAUGUCCAAACACAUACAAGAAAUAAAGAAUC